AUGGCAGAGGUCACCUCCACUAAACUCAACCCAGAGAGCCACAUUAUCUUAGACCAACCACUUCUCCGACUUCCCCAUGAACUCGCUCGCAGAAACUUCAAAACGGUGCAAAGAGCCGUCGAACGAGAGAAGGAAUAUGUUAUUCCAGCACUGAAGGAAACCGCCAAUGCCUCACUUUCCAACACACAACCUCCCGACCAGACACUUGCUGCUCUUGAUGCUAUGAUUUCUAGAAUGCAGGGUCUGAAGCGAAAGAUGGAAGGGCUGCAGGAGGAGGAGAAAAAAAUUCACAACCAAUCUCGCAAACGCAUCCAGCACCUCGAGGCACUGCAUAAGAUCCCGAGUCUGGCUGACGUCAAAUAUGACCAAUGGUCUCGGGUCCGGCUGGACCGCUUACUCGUAGACCAUAUGCUACGGUCGGGUUAUUCUGAAAGCGCACAGAAACUUGCCAAAGAAAGGGGGAUCGAGGAUCUGGUGGACCUCGGCGUCUUCACCCAGUGUCAACGGGUGGUUGAGAGCUUGCGCAGGCGAGAAACCAAAGAGGCGCUUCAGUGGUGUGGCGAGAACAAGGCAGCAUUGAAGAAAACCCAGAACACCCUCGAGUUCGAGCUCAGGUUGCAACAAUACAUUGAAAUGGUCCGCACACAGGACAGGUUGAAGAAGGUCGAGGCCAUUAUCCAUGCUAAGAAGUAUCUUGUGUCAAAUCAGCAAUCACAGAAUACAGAGAUCAUGCGCGCUGCUGGACUACUUGUGUUCACCCAGGACACGAGGGCUGAGCCUUACAAGUCUCUCUUUUCGCAGGACCGUUGGCGUCAUCUGUCAGACCUCUUUGUGAAAACUCACCACGACUUGCUCUCCCUGCCGUCGCAGCCAUUACUACACAUUGCACUUUCAGCUGGACUGUCCGCACUCAAAACACCCUUAUGCCACUCGGCAUACACUUCUUCCAGCUCUAACUCACAGUCAACCUCGACCUCCGUGUGUCCCAUUUGUUCCACGGAGCUAAAUGACCUCGCUCGCAGAAUGCCAUAUGCACACCACUCUAAGAGCUACGUGGAAAGCGACCCAAUCGUCCUUCCAAAUGGCCGAGUCUACGGAAAGCACCGACUGAUUGAGAUGAGCAGAAAGAUCGGUUCAGUCGAACCGGGCAAGGUCAAAGACCCAACGACCGGCGAGAUCUUCAGCGAGACGGAGAUGAAAAAAGUCUACAUCAUGUAA